UUUGUCGGGGUUCUGUUCUGGUUGGGGAGUACCUGUCAGCCCCUGAGCUGCCACCCGGUAUCGUACCGACCCCCCCCCCCACGUCCUGCGCCAGGCUCCACCCCAGACAAGGACCCUCAUCACCGGCAUGGACUGCUGCACGGAGAGCGCCUGCUCCAAGCCAGACGACGAUAUUCUAGACAUCCCGCUGGACGAUCCGGGAGCCAACGCCGCUGCAGCCAAAAUCCAGGCGAGUUUCCGGGGCCACAUGGCGAGGAAGAAGAUAAAGAGUGGAGAGUGCGGCCGGAAGGGACCGGGCCCCGGGGGACCGGGCGGAGCUGGGGGCGCCCGGGGAGGCGCGGGCGGCGGCCCCAGCGGAGACUAGGCCAGAACUGAACGUUUUAGAAGUUCCAGAGGAGAAAUGGAUGCCGCGUCCCCUUCGCAGUGACAAGACUUCCCUACUGUGUUUGUGAUCCUCUCCUUCCCACCAACCAGCCAGCUUCAGGAGCCCUCCCCACCACCUCGCCCCGCCGCGUCCUAGAGACUCCCUCUCCAGGCUGGCUUCGUCGCGACGUCGCCGUACCCUUUUAGUUAGCUCUCCAGUCUAACGUUCCCCCAUUUCACCUUUUCUCCCCACCCUCAUCCCAAACCCCAUAUUCGCAAAAUUGUCCUUUUGCUUCACACCCACCUGUCCCUGCGCCCAGCAUGCAGCUCUGCCUCCGCAGCCUCGGUGCGCUU